GGGUAUUACAGGCAAGCCGACCGGGCCCUCAUCAGCCGCUGUUCGCCCAGUGCUGCUUUCGCCUGAAGCGCUGCACGACCUGCACAUUCAGCCUGGCCAGCUAGAUAGACACGACGACCACAAAGUCUGGUCCCAUGUGGACAUUAGUCCUACUUCUUCCUAUUGCUGCGGUCCUCUCGGCGCCGGUCAAUCUACCUCAAACCAUCACAUGUCCUGACAACAACAUCUUCGUCUACGUAAAUGGCUCUGCCCAUGACAGGACACCAUAUAUUUUUGUAGAGCUCAAUGCGACAGACUUGCACGACUGCAUUCACAAGUGCUUUGGGAAUCAGUUCUGCUACUCAUUGAAGUAUGAAAGCACCGCCGUCGAGCCGUGCUCGCUCUAUUACUUCGCCGCUUAUAACUGUUCCGGCCAAAAAUUGGUCAAAGCAAAAGAGGUACAGUACCGCGGUGGUGCCAUUACCAUCGACUGCCUCAGAUGUCCAGCGAACGGCGAUUUUGUGACUGCUCCUCCGUUCGACAGUUUUACGGAGCAAACCAUUGUGGCUAAGGACGCAGCAGGGAAUCCGAUCCUCUCGAAACCUCUUGACAAGGUGGUCACCGACAACAUCGAGUUGAAGCUCGCACCUGGAAAUUUGGUCCCAGUCAGCACAACGGAAGAGCCCAAAGAAGAAUCCACGGCAACUGAAGCAGGGAAAGAGAAUGAAUCAACAACAUCAGCCAGCACAACCACAGCAGUUAUAACAGCGGAAUCUCGAAAAAUGGUUGCAGAAAGAAAAUGCUCGGGAAGCUUGAAAUACCGCAUCCAAACCGAUAUAGAUAGGGAAACUGUCCAACUGCUGUUGAAUGAAACUACAGUAGAAUCAGGAAACGAAUGCGCUCAACUGUGUUAUGACCUCAAGUGUGGGUUUGCUUACUACAAACCUUCGGAGAAAACGUGCCGCUUCACAUCGAACACCGAAGACGUCGUGGACGGAUCCUCUUGCGAUGAGGCCUCAGAGCAUAACGUUCCAGAAGAAGAAGCUGUAAUUACGUGCAUUUCUUGCGACAUCGAAGCAUCCCCAGCCCAAAAUAUUCCACAUAAAGGUGAAGAAUCUCCGCCACGCAUUGACUUCUCCGUCGACGCGUCUCCAUCUCCUCCAACUAUCAUCCUUCCCGCUAUUACUACUUACCCAGCAUGCAUUAUAAACUUCCAAUUAGAUGAGGAGGCAGAUACGCUGUCUUUUAAGCAUUAUGAAGUGAAGAAAGUGAAGAGUGUGAACGAGUGUGCACGAAUUUGCUUCCGCGGAGGCUGCUCCACGGCGGUGUACUCGCCGCAGAGCCUCGAGUGCCGACUGGGAAGCGAGCUCAAAGAGACCUGCACGAAUGCCCCGUCCACCAUUCGUUACCUUAAGCAAUCUGACGUCAAAAUACAGUGCUUCCGUUGCAGUUCACCGAAGCACUUCGCCAAGGAGAUCGAAGAGCAACAGGCUGGCACAACCGCUCCGGCGAUCUCACAUCAGGAGGAUCAGCAGGCUGUUAGCCAGGGCGUCGAUGAAGCCCCUCCGACACCUCGACCAACAAGCACGGAGAAUCCAACGGGGGCAAGCACUCCUGACCAGCAACCUAUCGAACAAAAAUUGAACAUCUCCGACGAACAGGCUCCAUUUGGCAAAAACUGCAUAAUCAAGUUCCAAGCUCGACCCUUAUCGAAGCGUCCAGCUGAGCUCAAUGCACCAUUUGAGCUCGAUCUGAACGUUGACUCUGUGGAACUUUGCGCCACUCGUUGCUACCAGGAUGGGUGCAGCGGGGCAAGAUAUGAUCCAAGCAACGGUACUUGUUCUCUUGCCUAUAAUGACAAGCAUUUCUGUGCAAAGGAACCAACGGUGCUUCAUUACAAAGCCGACGAAGUAACUUGGAUUCAUUGCGUUAACUGCUAUUCCGAUAAGGAUCUGGCUGGUUCUUCUAAGGAACCCGCUACCAAAACUCCCACCUCGAUAAUUCCUGUAGUGCUGCCUGGUGGCACCACAACAGAGAAGGCAAUUACCACCGAGACAGCUACAUCAGGCCCAGAAGAGAGCGGUACCACACAGCCGUCAUCGAAGGAAGGCUCAGAAGAAACGACAGCCAAGACUACCACUUCUGGGACAGAGGCCACAGAAGCAGCAUCGAGCGAAGGUCCGGAGGAAAAGCCAAAAUCUACCUCUGCUCCUGAAUCUACUCCAUCCAAGGAAGGGGAAACCUCACAGACAGGAGCUACUUCCACGCACAAGCCUGUUUCAUCGAAAGAUUUCCUAAGAGGUUGCUUGAUAAAAUUCCAAGCGAGGCCCAUUGAAGAUCGUCCGUCACAUCUAAAAGCCGAAUUUGAGAUUUCUCUUACGGUGGACUCAGUGGAAUUAUGCGCAACGCGGUGCUAUCAGGAUGGUUGCACCGGUGCCAAGUACGAUCCUGAAGCGAAGUCGUGUGCGCUCUCGUACAAUGACAAAAAUUUCUGCACCAGUGAAGAAGUUCGAAUUCACUACGAUGCCAAAAACGUUACCUGGGUACAUUGCGUCAACUGCUAUAGCAUAAAAGAUUCUGAUCGAGUGGAACUGGCUGAACAGCAAGAAGCUGCUCCUGAGCAUGUACCUGUCGACGAAGGUGGUGAGAAGCUGCCUGCUGCCGUUGAAGGAUCCACGACUGCAAUUCCUGAAGAAAUUGAACCCAGACAAAUGCUGAAGAACCGCACCCGAACAGGAGCUACUCCUCACUUCCAGAAAAAGUGCGCCGUAAAAUUCCAAGCAAGACCGUACUCGAAACGGCCUGCAGAGUCCAAAGCGCCAUUUGAAAUUGAAAUUCCUGUCAAUUCCAUUGAGCUUUGUGCAACGCGUUGUUAUCAGGAUGGUUGCACCGGAGCCAAAUACGACCCCAAAUCCAAAUCCUGCGCGCUCUCCUACGCUGAUAAACAUUUCUGUGAAGAAGACAGUGAAGUUGUCCUCCAGUACGAUGCCAAAGAACCGACUUGGAUCUACUGCGUCAACUGCUAUAGCGUGAAGCCACGGCCGACGGGAGCAGGACCCGAGGAACAGAAUGUUACCGAACCCGUAGCUGAAAGCACCGCAUCGCCUUCGGAAACCAGAGCCGAAAGCGAAACCAGCCAAACCAGUGGCACCGCAGUGCCGGUGCUGCCAGGUGCCACCACUGCGGAAAGUGUGGGCAGUUCCGAAGGGGCUACCACAAGCGAAGAAGGAAGCAGCACCGCACACCCGUCGUCUACGGAAAGUCCGCGGGAGCCAGAAACAACACAGAACGUAACGGCCUUGUCAGACGACGAGUUAAGAAACUUAUUAGACAAAGGAUGUGUUGUGACUUUCCAAAUAGUCGAAUUAGAAGAGCGUCCACCUGAGUUCACAGCCAGUUUCGACCCAUCUUUCGAAACAGAAACGGCAGAGAUCUGUGCUUAUCGAUGCUAUCAGGAUGGCUGCACUGGCGCAAAAUACGAUCCGGCUACACGUGAGUGUGCCUUGUCAUACAAUGACAGAGCUCUGUGCUCGAAUGCAAAACUCGUGCAAGUGGCUCGUCCUCAACAGCCGGUUUUCAUGCACUGUUUCAGCUGUGUGCCACACUUGAUGUUGCCAAACAUGACCAGACCCGGUCCAUUUUCGGAAAGCAUCGACAACGCGCCAGGCACUGAAGAAAAACCAGUGACUGCGACAGCCCAGUCUACUCAAGCGGUUGAGAGUACAACACCACCUUCGGAGGCAGAGUCAUCCACUCCCCUUGGUGCGACCGGGACCGGCGCAACGACAUCUCCUAUCGCAGAAGCCGCUGUGACGGAAGCUAGUGGAGAAGAAGCCGCAACAAGACCCAGCGAAUCGACGACCCCUCAGGAGGAAGCAAGUGGAGAAGAACCUCUUGAAAAAACAACACCUGCCGGAAGUACACCCGAACUAUCCAGCACUCCUGCCGAGUCCGAGUCCACAGCAACUCCACAAAGCUCUACCCUAACAGUCGCGGUAGUAUUUGUCCCUGUCGAGGGCGCUACUACGGCAGCACCAGGAAGCAGUGAAGGUACUACUGAACAACAAUCAUCAACCAUAACUCGAGAAGAAGCCAGCGGAGAAGAGCCAUCAGAGAAGAGCACAACGCCUAGAAUAGAAGCAAGUAUAGACGAGGUCGGUAGUACUGAAAGCACAGCAGUAAGUACAACAACAACCGGUAAUAUUGCCACUGAAGAGACUAUAGCACCUAAAGUGUUUGUGAAGUUAGAGGGUAGUGUAACGGAACCAAGUCUUGGUGAGACCACAGCGGAAGAAGGGACGACUUCGUCACCUGAAGAAGCUAGUGGAGAGGAGCCCGCCGUCAAAAGUACAACUCCCGGAGAACAAGUGGGCUUAGGCGGAAGUACUACUGUUCCUUCAGGCGAUCACAGCACGAUAGAAGGCGCACCAACGAUCAUAGCUGUGACUGAGCAAAGCACGACUGCAAGUUCAGCGCAUUCACUUGCUUCUGAAAGCACUCCAGAGGCCACAGCAAGUGGUGCGAGAACUGACCUCACGACGCCCGCGUCAACGCUUAGUGACGGGCCUACCUCUGCCACCACUUCUCCGCCAAUGGAGGGAUUCGUGACGGAAGCAAGUGGAGAAGAAGCCACAACCGAAAAGAGCGAGCCAACGACAACACAUGAGGAAUCCAGCGGAGAAGAGCCCCUCGACAAGAAUGCAGUUCCUGGAGUGCAAGCAAGUAUAGAUGAAAAUGCUACUGUCCAAGUGACCGCCGAAAGCACCCCGAUAGGUUCAAGUACGACUGCUUCAACGUCCGAGACUACAACAUCACCCACGCAAGGUACUACUUUGGUACCUAUAGUAUUCGCCCCCGCGGAAGGCUCCACGACGCAAGCGAGCACAGAACAAACCACUACUGAGGAGUUUUCGACUAUAACACCUAAGGAAGGAGCCAGUGGAGAAGAGCCACUAGACAAGAGCGCGCUUCCAACGGUACAAGCAAGUCUUGAUGAGACUACCACUGAGCCAGCCGUGAGCACACCUGAAUCAUUAGCCACAACCACGGGCGCUGCCUCCCCAACGACUCCUUCUGCCACCGAGGAGAGUCAUGCGACUACUCCCGCGGUGGAGAGUUUCGUAACAGAGGCAAGUGGAGAACAGUCUACUACGGAGAAGAGCGAGACAACAGCCACCACUUCUCCCGAGGAGGCUAGCGGUGAAGAGCCAAUUGACAAGACCGCAGUCGGUGAAGUGCUAUCUGGCUCGGAGACGACUACUGCUGUUCUUGCUGAAAAUACGUCAGAAGGUUCUACCACGGCUGUCCCAGGAUCAAGCCCGGAAACAACUCCGCAGGGGAUAACCAUUGCACCAGUAGCAUUCAUACCUGUGAAAGCUACGACGGAAGCAAGCACCGAACAGACUGCAACACAGAAGGAAUCGACUACAUCAUCACCCGAAGAAGCCAGUGGAGAAGGACCUCUUGAUAAAAACGCGAUUCCAGUGGUACAGGCAAAUCUAGAUGAGACCACUACUGCCGUUGCUGUCGAGGGCACACCGGAAACUUCGCCAACGACUGCUUUAGGGCCUUCUAGCAGCGAGAUGACCACUGCAGCCAUCUCCUCACCUGCAGAGGCCUUUGUGACGGAAGCAAGUGGUGAAGAAUCUAAGGCAGAAACCAGCACUGUUGCUAUACCUCCUAUAAUACCAGUGGUGAGCACAACGACUUCAGCUGCAGAGACCAGCGGAGAAGAGCCAGCAUCAUCGACAAAUGCUGGACUCGGAGAGGAAAUAUCUGUGCCAACAGAGGCAACAACAGGUCAUACUACUGUAUCGACUACCCCUGGCGAGGAAGCUAGCGGUGAAGAGCCGCUUGACAAAAAUGCGGUCCCCAAAGUAGCAGCUAGCAUAGAUGAAACCCCAUCUAGUACUGUUGGAAACAAAGAGGAGGGUUCAACGACGGUUGCUCCAGGAGGUGAAACUACGACUACCAGACGCGAUGUCGUAACAGUGGCACCAAUAGUCUUCAUACCUGUGCCUGCCGCUACAACGGCAGGUAGUGAACGAACAACCAGCGCAGAAGAGUCGUCGACAACACCUAGUGAAGAAGCCAGCGGUGAGGAGCCGCUUAGCAAGAGCGUGAGUGAAGCUACGACUGUUUCCGCCGAAUUUACAUCAGCUACGUCUUCUACAACGGCCUCAGCUUCUGGCACGCAAGAUCAACUCUCAACUACUGCGCCCUCACCUGUUGAGGGCUCCGGAUUAGAAGCAAGUGGAGAGACAACCAUGGAAGCUGCUGGAAUUUCUGCUACAACGCCUCUAACCACUGAAGAGACUCUAGCUCCCAAGGUGUUCCUGACCGAAACCGCUACAGAGCCUGCAAGAGAUCAAACUGCAACUGAGAAGUCGACAGUAACUACAUCAUCACCAGAAGAAGCCAGUGGAGAAGAACCUCUUGACAAAAAUGCGAUUCCUAAAGUGGCAGCGAGUAUCGACGAAGUGCCCACCACUACCGAACAUACAGCCGAAACAGUAACAGUCACUCUAGCUAUUGCGACAUCUCCUCUACCGUCAAGCCCAGAGGGAGAAGAAGCCACCUCUUCUCCACCGGCAGAGACUACGGCCUCAGCAGCCAGCAGUGAACAAACCACAAAGCUUCCAACGACUUCAUCACCCGAGGAAGCUAGUGGUGAGGAACCUCUCGACAAAAGCGCUAUUCCUGGUGUACAAGCCAGUCCUGAUGAAGCAGGUAGUACCUCUGCCACACCUGAAACUUCAACUGGGCAAACUGAACUUAGUUCUACCGGCCAUAGCACUGAAGAAACUCUAGCACCCGCAGUGUCUGUAAUUGUGGAGAGUACCGUGACAGAACCCGGACAGUCUACUACAGCGAAGUCCGUGACAACUUCGUCACCUGAGGAAGCCAGCGGAGAAGAACCUCUCGACAAAAAUGCAGCGCCUGACGUGCAAGCGAGUUUAGAUGAGACUACCACUGCCUCUGAUGUGACAACUUCGAGUUCUGGCACGGAGUCAACUUCUGCUCCCAGCACUGCCAAAGCCAUUGUUCCGGUAAUCCUUCUCCCUGAGGGAAGCAAACCACCCACAAGCAGCGAACCUACUACAGGAGAGCAAACAACAACUCCCUCCGAAGAAGCUAGUGGAGAACAACCUCUUGAUAAGAAUGCUUUGCCGCAGAAGGAAGGCCAGGAAAUGAGCACCACUACCGAGGGCACAGGUGGUACGGCAGCAACCACAUCUGGUACAGGCGGUGGUGAGGUUGAUGUCCCAACAACUUCCGUGCCUGUACAAGGCUCGGUGACAAGCGGUGAGUCAACAACUACAGCACCUCUGGAGAGCAGUGGUGAAGAACCAGACAAGAGCGCAGCCGUGACAGAAUUCACUAGAGUACAAGGAACAACUACGCCAUCUGAAGAGAGCAGCGGAGAAGAACCGGUUAUUAGCAAUAUUCUACCCAAAGUUGCAGCAAGCAUUGAUGAAGGUACAACCAAAGUCUUUUCAACAGAUGAGCCAGGCAAGGCGUCCACGGAGCCUUCAACUGAGGCUGGAACUGAACAUUCGGGCGAAGAACCAACAACAGGACAACCAUCUUCGGAGCAAUCCACAACGACUGGAGAGCAUGAAGCAACGACACCUGCAGAAGCUACAGCAGAAACUAGCACUGUCUCGAUUCCUCCUAUCAUCCCAGUCGUUGGAACCAGUGUGUCACCUUCCACUUCUAACAUAGAAGAAGGGAGGUCUAGCACUGUCGCCGUUCAUCCAAUAAUUCCAGUGAUUGGAGAGCGUGAGAACGAAUCAACAACUCCAGCUGAGGAGGCUAGUGGAGAAGAGCCAGCUGUAAGCAAGACACCAAGUGCUGAAGAGAGUGCCAAUGAAAGCACCAGUACAACGCCAUCCACAACCGUUUCAUCUGCCAACCAAGAAGAAAUUUUCGUUCCUACUGGAGCAGCUGGAGACCAUACCACUUCACCGCCCUCAGAAGAAGGUAGUGGAGAGGAACCGUUAGAAUCCAACAAGGUUCCUAAAGUUGAAGCGAGUAUGGAUGAGGAAGUCCAUAGCACACCCACAUCUGAGUCAACUACAGGGGGUCCCACAACGACACUUGUCUUCAUACUACCUGGCGGUGCUGUGACGGAAAAAAGUGGCACGACUACGCCUGCGAUAGAGGCUAGUGGGGAGGAUCCUCACCACAUACCUAAGAUCGAACCUAAUAUAAAUGAAAUUACAAGCACAGCUCCAUCUUCAACUCUUGGAUCGCAUGAAUCUAGCACUGGUUCCUCAACCACGGUUGCCUCCGAAGGCGAUCACAGCACAGUUGGAGCCUUUAUUUUGGGAAGUGACCAAACGCGCGAAACAACGGUUGCUCCUCUAGAAAGUUCUAUGACGGAACAGCCCGGUAAAGAGACAACACCUACCAACGAAGUAAGCACAUCGCCGUCAACUGAAGGCAGCGGUGAGGAAAGCGUUGAAGGAAGCACUCCUAGAGUGGACUUUAGUAUCGAUGACAGUAAGCCUAUCGUCAGGGUCAUUCCGGGAGUGAUAGUUUCGAUCGAACGAAUCACGGAGGCAUCACCAGCAAAUACAACUCACUCUCAAACAGCACUCACCACUGCCCCCGCUCCUACUACCGGAGAUGAAAAUGAGGCCACUAGCUCUACAUCGGAGCCGCAAACGACAACGUCGGAGACGGAAGCGAGCGGAGAAGAACUGCUUAGUAGCACUAAUUUGCCCAAAGUGGAAGCUAAAGUAGAUGAGGGAGCAAUUGACGUGCCGUCAACAGAAGCCAGCAAGACACCAGAGGAGACUCCAAGUACGUCACCAGCAACUUCCUCUCCUGAAAGUCCAGAAGGUAAAGGUAGCACUGUUGCUCUUCCUCCAGUGAUUCCAGUGAUAGGAGUGAGCGGUUCAACUUCUACUCCUUCAGGAGUGGAAGAAGGCGGAACCAGCACUGUUGAAAUUGCUCCUCUCAUUCCAGCAACUCCUGUAACAGGAGAAGGCGAAACUAGCACUGCCGCUAUGCCUCCCAUAAUACCAGUGGGAAGCACAACGACCCCAGCUGAAGAGACCAGCGGAGAGCCAACUUCAUCAACAAAUGCUGGACUUGGAGACGAAAUUUCUGUGCCCGAAGGGGCACAACCUCAUACUACUUCAUCACCGGAGUCCACUUCAACUAACACUGAAGAAGCUAGCGGAGAGAGCCCGCUUGAAAGCAAUAUCGUACCUAAAGUACAAGCAAGUUUGGACGAUGGCACGGGGUCGGCCAAUUCACCCGACAAGGCCACAGAGGGCCCAGCGAGCACAUUGCAUAGCACCAGUCCUCCUUUGGGCCAUCCACAUCUUCUAUUUGGUCCAUCAACAACAUCUACUAGUGUCUCCGCUCAUCUCAAUGUGCAUGCGACGGAACCGGCAGAGAGCUCAACACCGCUGAACGAAGCCAGCGGAGAGGAGCCUUCUGAGCGACAAAACGUUCCCGAGACAGAAACAAGUCCUAAAGGCUCUAGCACAGUUUCACCAUCCACUGAAGCGGAGGAAGCGGAGGUAUCAACCACCGCUGCUCCAUCAAGCGAUCACAGCACGCAAGAAGCCGUAUCAACGCUCCUGGCUGUGUCUGAGCAAAGUACGGCGGCAACCUCGUCGCAACCAGGAGCUGCUGUAACAGAAGAAGCAGGCGAGAAGACAACACCACAAGCCGAAGAAACUACGACGUCUUCAGUCGAAGGAAGCGGAGAGGAAGAAGUCACUGUUACAACUCCGAAAUUAGAUUCAAGCACUGAUGAGACGAGGUCUAAUGUGCGAAUUGUGCCGGCACUGGUAGUUUCUGUACAACGAACCACGGAAGUGCCAGAAAGUACUGGAAGUGAGCUCUCAUCUCAUCCUACAUCAACUACGUCGUCGUCAGUCGAAGGAAGUGGUGAGGAAAGCGAAUCAGGCAAAGCACCGAUUGUGGAAGCAAGCGUUGAUGAUAGCAAGACUACCGUAACUACCACAGAACCAUCUGAAAAAUCUACUAGACCAACUUCUGAGACGGCCUUAGGAGGGGAAGGCGGUGAAAGUUCGAGCACAAUGCCAACUACCACAAUCUCUUCUGCCGACCAGGAAGAAAUCUUCGUUCCUACUGGAGCGGUUGGAGACCACACAACCAUGCCACCGACGGAGGAAGGCAGUGGAGAGACACCAAUAGAGAGUAACAUAGCACCUAAACUAGAAGCUAGCCAUGAUGGAGAAACUAGCACUGAAUCUGCUAGCACAGGACACGCCUCUACGCCAUCUGAGCCAUUAGUAUUUCUGACCGAUAGCCCUGAUGGAAAAACCAUUACUGAGUCCACAGCACACUCCUCUACGCCAUCUGAGCCAUUAGAGUUUAUAACCGAUAAGCCCGAUGGAAAAGGCAGUACUGAAACUUCUGUGUUUAUCACGGAUAGUCCUAACGUGGAGUCGCACUCAACGACCAGGCCAUCUGAUGCUGAAAGUCCCGCUUUAUCGCACCCACUUGAUUCCUCAUUUGUACAUGACGUAACCCCGUCUACUUCUGAAGAUCUGAUCAAUCGUACCUUGCUCGAGCCUCACAAAACUAGUCUACCUAUAAAUGUUGGCUUCGUUCCUGGUUCCGAACCAGAUACAUUCACAGAAAGCGAAGAAGAGGAAGAGGAGUCUGAAAACACGGAACUGACAACUCAGCCAGACUAUGAGGAUGCAGUGGCAUCGAAGAAAUCGGAAUCGACGAGCGUCGCAACUUCUACCACAGCGGAAAUGAGCACUACAACCGAGCCUCCCGUUCAAGCCGUUCAAGAUUUAAUCGACGCUCUGGCUGCUGGUGGCCUCAAUGCUGUUCUUGGUCCUCCACGGCAAACGCAACUCAUAGAAAAUGUUAACAGCAAAUUAGGUGAUUUGAAGAAAUAUUUGCACAAACCGUUAGAGCAAAAACAAGAUUGCCCAUCUCGAAGACUGCGAUUCGUGGCCUCCGAGCUCACCGAUCUCUCGACGAGAUUCAGCGCCGACGCCGCGGUGUACUCGCUGCAGCACUGCGCAAGGAUGUGCUACGAGACGGGCUGCACGCUGGCGGCCUUCACGCGGUUCCCGCGUCCGGUCUGCCUGAUGCGCUACGGCAACAGCACGACCGCGUGCGACUCGGGCGCCAAACGCACCUCGUUCUGGUCGUUCGCCUCCGUCCAGCAAGUCGUCAAGCUGGAAUGCAUCGAGUGUGAGAAAAAUUCGGAAUUCAUAACUCAAAAAGAGCAGAUAGAUAUUACGAAUCUCAAGAAUGGAUUCAGCACGGAUGAUCUCAAUACCGUCGUUCCUGCACAUGAAGGAUUGAGCUCAAAAUGCGAUGGACGCUUGGAGUUCCAAACACUGCCAGUAGGUAGCCUUCCUCGUCUGAAUAUCACAAACGAUGUUCCCGCCCGUACACCCGCGGACUGCGCCAAGAAAUGCUUCGAAGCGGGAGGCUGUUCGACAGCCGGGUUCAUCGCUAGUCCUACCGGAAAUAUUUCACAUGGUGUUUGUUUACUGACAUCUGACACGAAUGUUUGUGGAAACAAUGCUGACUACGUACCACAACACGCAGCCCUCAACCCCUUCGUUAUUUCUUGCAUCAAAUGCACCCCGUGUACAUACAACAUCCGAAGCGUGACGCCGGAUCGGGUUCUGCCGGAGUUCAACCAUGCCGAGAGCGUGUCCUCCAUUGGCGAGUGUGCCCGAGCGUGCUACGCCAGACGAUGCACCAUUGCCCAGUACAGUAGUCAACAGAAAUCGUGUAUGAUGACUUCCGAGCCAAUGGAUUCACAAUGCGCUCGAGAGGUGGCGGUAGUGACCGAAGGCGUUCUGCCGGUGACUCUCGAAUGCGUCAGCUGCUCAUCAUAGCCAGCCUUUCUCCAAUUCAUCACCUCAUAUCGUGCCUUAUUCGCUCAUUUUGCCUCCUGUUGCCAGCACUAGCCAUGUCUAACUUCGUGGUAUAACUCUCUCUUAUAUAUUUUCUUAACACUGCCCAUCACUAGCUCGCUAGUCGUGUAUACAUAAUUGGGGAUGUAUGAUUAAUAAGAAGUCUACGACAAAGGACGAAGGCUACCUUGGUCGAGACGUCUCGCGGUAUCUACCCUCCGAAAACGAGUUGCUUUCUGUUUUGUUAUAUGUAUCUUAUAUUUUCUGAGCGACGUGCUUGGUUUUCUUUUCCUAAUAUGUUGCCCGUUGAUACAAUCCAGGUUUCUUUAUUAAUGCGAGUUAUAUUUACUCAGAUAAAACCUUCUAAAAUA